AUGCACUACUUAAUAUCUACAUAUCUCCACUGUUUAUUUCUACAUAUCUACACACUACUUAUAUCUACAUAUCUACACACUACUUAUAUCUACAUAUCUACACACUACUUAUAUCUACAUAUCUACACACUACUUAUAUCUACAUAUCUACACUACUUAUAUCUACAUAUCUACAUACCUCUUUACAUAUAUCUCUCAAAUUGUUUAUAUAUCCAUAUACCCCCCUCUCUCUCUCUCUCUCUCUCUCUCUCUCUGAGAAAGAAAUCUUUAUACAUAUUUUCUUCUCAUAUUGAUAUGCAUCCUUCUUCUGAUUCGUUUUCAUCGUCUGAAUCUCUCUCUCUCUCUCUCUCUCUCUCUCUCUCUCUCUCUCUCUUUCUACUUUGUAUUGUUAUUGAAAAUCUGGUGACGAGACAAAUAGUGUUAUAUAGUGCUAAAAAAUUGUACAUUCUGAUUUCUCUCUCUCUCUCUCUCUCUCACUCUCUCUCUCUCACUCUCUCUCUCUCACUCUCUCUCUCACUCUCUCUCUCUCUCUCUGUCUUCACUCUGAAGGGCCUUCGUAGUCAUCGUUCUCCACAGCAUCCUCUUUUCGUUACUUUCAGCAAUACUUCCUUCUUUAUCGUUUCUCAUUUUAUUUCCCCUACAACCUCUUUCCCGCUAACGAAAUGUCAAAUUCACUUUCAUUGA